AUGCGAAUCUACCAACAGAUUCCUAUUACUGGAACGGAGGACGCUGAUCACGACACACUGGCUAGACAGGCCGUUCCCCAUGGCGUGUGUGGUGAGCUGGAGUGCUUCAAACUAUUGCAGAGUGGAGGCUGUAGCGCAGCUCCUCGCUUCCUUGGCCAUGCAGAAAGAAUACAAGGAGAGCACGAACUCCUUCCUGGCGGCUACGUUAGAUACCUUGUGUGGGAAAAGGUCCCUGGUGAGCCAAUGACAGCGGAGUUCUUCUGGGGCUUGGAUGACGCCGGACGCAAUGACAUUCGUUCUAAGUUCCGUGCUGCCUAUAAUUGCGGCGCAGAACCAGGAGAGGCCAGAAUGUCGAUGCUCAUCUUUGAUCAGUCCACAGGCAAUCUGUACGUCCGGCAUGGCAUGCUAUGUAAUGUGUUGGAAAUAUAUACUAACGGAUCACAGUCGCAUUUCGGGUUUCCGAAGUGGAUGGCCAAUUUUAAGUAA